AUGAAGGACAUCAAAGUGAACCAAGAUUUGAUUAGAGAAAGAAAAAAGUGUAGUUUUAAUGUUGAAGAGUUAACGCAUCUAAUAGAUGGCGGAGAACAAAAUACUUUAGAAAGAAAAGAAAUUGAGGAAUAUGUAUUAAGCAAUGAAGAGCUCAGAGAUGAGGUGCCAGAGGAGUAUUUAAGCCAUAAGGAGCGUUACGAGAACGCAGUGCGCAAAGCAUGCAUCCUGUACUCGCUUUUAUUACGACGGUCAAUAGAACGAAGUCCCCCCCCAGAUUCCAGAAUUUCCAACAACUACAAAAUCGCUACGGCAAUAAUAAAGGACAUUUCACCGUUUAUACUUCAUUUUGGAAUGUUUUUGCCAACAAUAUUUUCACAAGCCUCCCCCGAACAGCAGCUUGAAUGGCUACAGAAAAGUUCGCAGAUGAUUGGAACUUAUGCUCAGACUGAGCUCGGACAUGGAACGUUUCUGAGAGGUUUAGAGACCACGGCUACAUAUGAUUCUGAUACGGAAGAAUUCGUCAUCCACAGUCCUACACUUACAUCUUACAAAUGGUGGCCUGGGGGCUUGGCACAAACUGCAAACCACUGUAUAAUUAUGGCUCAACUUCAUAUUAAAGGGAAAAAUUAUGGUAUACAUCCCUUCUUGGUGCAAAUACGUGACAUGGAAACACAUAUGCCAAUGCCUGGUAUAAAAGUAGGAGAAAUUGGACCAAAACUUGGUUUCCAGACGGCCAACAACGGGUUCCUAGGAUUUGAUAAUUAUCGGAUACCCAGGACGAAUAUGCUUAUGAAGAAUUCUCAAGUGUUAAAGGACGGGACGUAUGUAAAGGCCAAAAACAACAAACUGACAUAUGGAACCAUGGUGUAUAUUCGAGUGACCAUAUUGACGGACGUCGCUUAUGAAUUAUCAAAAGCCGUGACUAUAGCUGUGAGAUACUCUGCUGUCAGACAUCAGUCUCAGCUUAAACCUGGGGAACCGGAACCACAGAUUUUGGACUACGUCACACAGCAGCAUAAGCUGUUUAUUUCGAUUGCAACUAGCCUCGCGUUCAGAACCGUUGGCCGAUGGUUGUGGAAUACUUACAAUCAAGUUGUCGCCGAUAUGGGGAAAGGGAACAUGGACCAGUUGCCAGAGCUGCACGCUCUAGCAUGCUGUUUGAAGGCUGUGUGCAGCAGAGAUGCGACAGCUUGCGUAGAGCAAUGCCGUUACGCCUGUGGGGGUCACGGUUAUAUGGUGUCUUCCAACCUACCGAUUAUAUAUGGUAUAGUUACAGCUACUGUAACUUACGAGGGAGAGUACACUGUCAUGUUGUUGCAGACCGCCAGAUACCUCGUGAAAGCUUACAAACAAACCACUGAAAGAAUGUCAUUGACUCCAACCGUGUCAUAUUUAGCCAAGUUCUUGAAAAACAAUAACAUCACGUGGGAGAAUACACCGAGGGGAAUUAUUGAAGGUUUUCAAGCUGUCGCUGCAGGGAAAACAAAGGAAGCAUGUGAAUCACUCUUCCAACAUAUAAAUUCAGGGAAAGUUUAUGAAGAUGCAUGGAAUCUAGCAUCGGUGCAGCUCGUUAAUGCCAGUGAGGCACACGCUCGCGCCGUAUUGUGUGAGAUGUUUUGGAAAGAAACUAAAAGAUUGUCGUCUACCGUGUCUAAUAACUUGGCAACGGUUUUGGAACAGUUGGCCGAGUUGUAUCUCAAAUAUUGGGCGCUGGAGAAACGUGGCGAUCUGUUAAUGUAUUCGACUAUAUCGAAAAAAGAUGUUGCCACCUUGCAAAAAAGGUAUGAAGAACUGUUGGCACUCAUUCGCCCGAACGCUGUUGGACUUGUCGACGGAUUCGAUAUACGGGACGAGAUUCUGUGUUCUACCCUUGGUGCAUAUGACGGCCGAGUGUACGAGCGUUUGAUGGAGCAGGCAAUGAAAAGUCCACUGAACUCUGAGCCCGUAAACCAAAGCUUCCAUAAAUAUAUUAAACCGUUUUUGGCCAAAGCUAAAAUUUAA